AUGAGCGAGUCUCCGUCUACCGAAAAAGCUAGGAACCAGCUAUGCGCGGCAGAGUCCCGACUGAGCCUGCCGUUGGAGCUGCUGGCAGGAGAGUGGCUGGAGCAACGAGGCAGAGGGACCUCUUAUCUGAUGGGGUCCCUGCUCCCUACACUCGUACUGGGCAUGGACAAACUCCUUACUCAGGUGUCGGAGAGGGGACUGGAGGAAACUGAGGAGAGACAAUAUGACUUUAACCCCGUCAAUCUCCUGGCCCAAUACCUCAUGAGGAAUAACCCUCGCCACACUCACCUCCCUCCAACCCACCCAUACUCCAAACAACUCCAGGAGGUUUCCCAGCAGUUACAGCAGAUGUCUUUCAAAGGUCUAGAGAAGAGGACACUACAAAAUUCUCAGAGAACAGAGUCAGAUUGACUACACCAACCACACACUACAAUCAAUUUUAUGGAGCACAAUGAGCAGCCAGUCAGAGUGAGAUGAACGACAUACAUACAUAUUAUACACACACCCACAAGCAGCAACAGAGUACACAGUCAUCACAAACAUAACAGAGAAGAUUGGAAACGGUCAGAUCCUGCAUGGGGGGAAGGAAGGGUGGAAGCAAAUGAGUACAUUUUGGAUUGUAUAUAAGAGGAUUUGAGACUCACUUUUUCACUACUUGGACGACGUCCUCGUCCUGGAGUAUGUGGUCUUUGCCAACUUUCUGUGGCUGAUGUUUGACUGAUGAUCCCCACACCACAGCACUGCAUACAGUCAGAAUUACUUAAGGAAAGCAAAGGACACUUUCAAUAUUCCCAGUGUCCUUUUUUUACUGUAUAUACACACUCAAUAAAGC